AGAAGAAGACUAUUCAGAAAUCUGUUAAACGCGGGAUAGUUAUUAUGUGUUUUUGUUUUAAUAAUUACAGUAAGAAUAAGAUUUUUGUAUGACUAAAACGCAGUUAAUAUGAAGACAGAUAAGAAGACACUCAAAGUAAUCUCCCAAGAUCAGGAAAUACCUAAAAAUAGUCGAAGGACCCUCAGAGACUUACAAAAAGAUGCAAGUGGCAAAGAAAAUUUGGUAGGACGAUCCCACACAAUCAAAGAUUCUAAAAUAUAUUGUGAUUUGGGUCCAUCUGAAGCUAAAAAGAAAAGUAUUCAAAUGCUUCAUAAGAGUGUGCAAGUAGGAGAAUGUACAAUUACUACUGAAGAUUUGACUUCAGAUGAACCUAGUGCCGACUAUUGGAAACGUCUUGCAGAAACAAGGGGAAAUGCUUUAGAUGAAAGUUUACACGAAAAUGAGAAGUUGAAGGAAAACUUGGAAGCCCUACAGGAAGAAAAUAGAAUCUGCAAAGAAAUGCUGGAUGAAUCUAGACAUUUAGUGGAAGUUUUAAAGGAAAUUAUUAAUGAACAAAAUGAAGAAGAAGAUUCAGAGAGUGUAGAUACAAAAACCAAAGAUUCUGACUGAACUGACUAUUCCUUUUUGGAACAUUUUUCAAAUACCUUCGAAGCCCAAACUGCAUCACGGAAAAUAUAAAUUAUGAAUUUGGAGACUUUUUUAAUGCUUUGUUCAUACAUACUAGUGUGUAGUUUUGAAAAUAAAAUUGAUGAACUUUA